AUGAGUGGCACCUCACUGCAGGAAUACGCGCGCGCCUUUGAUGGGCGCGCAGCGGAGCUGAUGGAUGGCGUGGAUGCGAGCGAAUCAUACUUCACCUUCUUCGAGAAAGCAAUGAAGCUCCAAGCAUCGUUUGCGGCAGACUUGGAGGCCCUGUGCUCGUCCCGGCACGCACACACUGCUCGCCUCUUCAACAGCACACCGGCAGAACACAACCCGGAGCUUGCUGCAGCUUGGUCGGAGACGGUGGACGCCCUGCGCACCAUUGCCCAAGCACACAAACAAUGCAGCAAGGUCAUGCACGAUCAAGUGUGUCGUCCCAUCCUUCAGAUGCGAACCACGCUCGAGCCACAACUGAAAUCCAGCCUGUCCCUUGGUCGCAAGGUCAUCCAGGAGUGCAGAACAUCACACUCCAAAGUCAAACAGGAGGAGAAGAAGUUUCAUCGUGCUGCGGCAGCAGCUGCCACCGAGACAGACGACCUCAAGAAACAGCGCCUGGAACAGGACCAGACUGGCCGUGAGAUGGUGUACCGCGACGCCCUCGCAAGCCACGAGCAGCGGACCCGCCAGGCGACCACGGUUGCACUGCCCGGUCUGUACAACGAGCUGGCGCAGAUGGAGUGGCGACGCAUCCGCACCGUCGCCACGGCCACCACCACAGCACUGCAGGCAAUGCAGGCGUCGGCGCGCGUCUUGUGCGAUGACGCAGAGGAUAACCGAGUCAACAGGGCCGUUUCUCGCAUGAAGGAGAUUUCGGAAGACUGUGUGCACGUCGAUGUGGAUGUGCAGGUGGAGCCUGCCCCUUCGUUUGAGCCCGUCACACAGGAAAUGAUCGAGACGAACACCAUAUCAUCUUUGGGCGACAAAGAUGAGGAACCUCCUCAGAUACAAGGAAUGCUGGGAAGCAGCAGACCCAGAAGCUACGACAGAAGCAUGGGCGACCUGCUGAAAGACUACGGAGAGUUGGCGAAAGCAGGAGGGAAGACAACAGAGAAGACGGUUCUUCAACACGCGCUCAGCAAGCUACCCAUGGAGUACGCGUACAUAGCAGGAACGUUCACACUCAAGGAGGGAGACAGAGACCGCACUCUAGCAGACCUGUACUUCACGCUAUUGAGGGAAGAAGAGCGCCAGAGAACCAGCAACACCAGCAGCCGCAAGGAGGGAUCUGAGAGGUUGGCAAAAGCAACAACAGCACGGUAUGAGAAACGUAAGCAGAAGGGCUACAUCAAGUGCUACUAUUGCGGGAAGAAAGGCCACAUCAAACGAGACUGCCGAAAGAAGAAACGGGACGAACAAGGACAGCGAAGACGGAUAGACAAACUGUGCACGCUGAGACAUCACAAACCACACACAGAGGCGUGGCUCGUAGACUCAGGUGCAACGAGACACAUCACAAGCAACAGAGAGGACCUGGAUGAAGUCAGACCUGACAACACCCCACUCACGCUCGCAAACGGAGAAACAACAACGGCUAUCGGCACAGGCAACGCAGCACUUACCACAGAAGUCGGGAAGAUAGUCCUUCAGCGAGACGAUAACAGCAAGGUCCUCGCAGCGAUGCUGAAGAGCUUGGAAACAAUGACCAACGCCGAUCCGAGCGCGACAGCGCCAAUCGCCGACAAGCCCGACCCGCCAGCUUUCAGCACCAACGAUCGCGUACUGCUCUACACGCCGCGUGUCAAGCCUGGUACGACCACGAAGCUCGCUCGUCUCUGGCGCGGCCCGUACGUCGUGACCAGGAAGCUGUCCCAGUGGAACUACGGCAUCAUUCCGGAAGCAGGUGGACCAGCUCAAGUCGUCCACGUCGCGAGGCUGAAGGCGUACACGGCCCAAGACGACACGACGCCGGCUGAUGCUCUCGACGAGGACGUCGACGCUGAUGUGUUGCUUGAUUGA